AUGCUGUGACAGUCGGCUUCACAAAUGCAUUUCUCUCUUGUGAAAUGAUAAACGACGAGUUUCUUCAUUUCUAUAAAGAAACGACGUGUCGUUUUGUGUUUUAGCUGAAAACGACGUGCCGUUUUGAAAUUAGCAGAAGAAACGACAUGUCGUUAUCACUAUAAACAGUGGGCUGUUUGUUCUAGUUAUGCAUUCUCGGCUAGUGACGGCGUCGACGAAGAAGAGAAUCCUUAAAAGAGCUCAUUGAGCUUAAGAAGAAGCUUUCUUCUCCAACCUCGUCCAGUGCUAACCUACGUUGACGAAACGACAUCGUUAAUGCGCCGUUUUCUUCUUCACUCACCAGACCAUAACGAGCUGAAGAAGAAGAGAAACGAUAAGAGCUAAGAACAGAGCAAAAGCUCAAAACUUUAGAGAAACAGAGGGCUAAUAACGUAAAUUCAAAGAUGCCGCCGGGAAAACCGCCGCCGGCAAAUCCCCAGAAGUUCAACUUCUUCUAUGGUCACCGCAAGCCUUCCCAGAACCGCCCCAUCGUCCGUGGUGGCCUCUUCUCCAACCGUCAGACCAUCAGACCUCCAAAACAUGAACCGAAACACCAACCUCAGCCGUCCGAUCUAUCUAAAUGGGACCCAGAUCACUUUCCAUCACAACCGUCCAAACCCACCGCCGCCGCAACCCCAACACUCUCCUUUCUCUCCCCCAUUGCCCGCUUCAUCGUCGACGCCUUCCGUAAGAACCAAUCCCAGUGGGGACCGCCUGUCGUUUCUGAGCUUCGGAAGCUCCGAAGGGUCACCCCCGAACUAGUGGCUGAGGUCCUCAAGGUACAGACCGAACCCGCUUUAGCUUCGAAGUUCUUCCACUGGGCAGGUAAGCAAAAAGGUUACAAACAUAACUAUGGUUCUUAUAACGCUUUUGCUUAUUGCCUGAACCGUACCAACCGGUACCGGUCGGCCGACCAGGUACCUGAGUUGAUGGAAUCUCAGGGUCGGCCUCCUAGUGAGAAACAGUUUGAGAUUCUUAUUAGAAUGCACUCUGAUGCCAAUAGGGGUCUCAGAGUUUAUUAUGUGUAUGAGAAGAUGAAGAAGUUUGGUGUUAAACCAAGAGUUUUUUUGUAUAAUAGGAUUAUGGAUGCUUUAGUGAAAACAGGUUAUUUAGAUUUGGCUUUGUCUGUUUAUGAGGACUUUAAGGAUGAUGGUUUGGUGGAGGAGAGUGUUACUUUCAUGAUCUUGAUUAAGGGUCUUUGCAAGUCUGGUCGAAUUGAGGAAAUGCUGGAGGUUUUGGAGAAGAUGAGGGCAAAUCUGUGCACGCCGGAUGUGUUUGCUUACACUGCCAUGGUGCGGGUAUUGGCUUCGGAGGGGAACUUAGAGGGCUCCUUGCAGGUUUGGAAGGAAAUGAAGAGAGACAGAGUUGAACCUGAUGUUAUAGCUUAUACAACUAUGAUCAAUGGUUUGUGUAAACGAGGGAGGGUUGAGAAAGGUUAUGAAUUGUUUAAGGAGAUGAAGGAGAGGGGAAUUUUGAUCGAUAGAGCUAUUUAUGGGACAUUGGUUCAGGCUUUUGUAGGAGAUGGGAAAGUUGGGCAGGCUUGUGAUUUGUUUAAGGAUUUAUUGGAUUCAGGGUAUAGAGCAGACUUGGGUAUUUAUAACUCUCUCAUUCAAGGAUUGUGUAAUGUGAAGCGGGUUGACAAGGCGCACAAGCUCUUUCGGAUGACAGUUCAAGAGGAUCUAGGGCCAAACUUUGAGACUGUUAACCCCAUUUUGGUGUCUUAUGCAGAGAUGAGAAAAAUGGAUGAGUUUAGUGAGUUGCUUGAGCAGAUGCAGAAAUUGGGAUCUUCUGUCAUGGAUGAUCUUGCCAAAUUCUUUUACUUUAUGGUGGGGAAGGAGGACGGAGUAACGAUGGCAAUGGAAGUGUUUGAGGACUUGAAAGUCAGGGGUUAUUAUACAGUUGCAAUAUACAACAUUCUGAUGGAGGCUUUCCACAGAAUUGGGAUGGAAACAAAAGCACUGUCACUUCUAGAUGAAAUGAAAGAUAUGAAUGUUCAGCCAGACUCAUCAACUUAUAGUAUUGCAAUUGAGUGUCUUGCUGAAGAGGAGAAUGUUAAAGAGGCGUGUGCAUGUUACAAUAAGAUAAUUGAGAUGUCUUGUGUUCCUUCUGUUUCUGCCUAUCAGUCACUUGCUAGAGAACUAUGCAAGACCGGUGAGAUUGAUGCAGCUAUGAUGCUUGUUCGCGACUGCUUGGCUAGUGUAAGAAGUGGGCCUAUGGAGUUCAAGUACGCGCUUACCGUUCUCCAUGCUUGCAAAUCUAGAAACGCUGCAGAUGUUCUUGCUGUAAUAAGUGAGAUGAUGCAAGAAGGGUGUCCCCCAGAUGAUGUUGUAUGCUCUGCUGCUAUCUCUGGCAUGUGUAAGCAUGACACCAUAGAGGAGGCAAGGAAGGUGUUUUCAAACUUGAGAGAGCGCAAAAUUUUAAGCGAAGCCAGGACAAUCGUGUAUGAUGAAAUACUAAUUGAACAUAUGAAGAAAAAGGCAGCAGACUUGGUUGUAUCAGGAUUGAAGUUUUUCGGUUUAGAAUCUAAGCUGAAACGAAAGGGUUCUACGCUGCUGUCGAAUUGAAGAUCUGAAUUGGGAAAACUUACUUUCCUUCUUAAUAAUCAAGUACAAAUAAUGGUCAGAUUGACUUGGAAUCACCUUGUUUACACUUUAAGUUUGUCAUUAUGACGCUGCUCGGCAAUUUUAGAUUGUUGCUUUGGGGGUCCUCAAGGGAGCUGCUGAUGAUACUAAGAAGUCUCAUGACGUCUCUAACAGUUUCAAAUGGCAGAGACCCAGCAAAAAGUACAGCUAAAGCAAACAUGGAUGGUGAAACCAAAAGGUUAAAGGAGAAAGGAGAAAUGUCUAUUAUAAGGCAAGGAAACAACUGAACUCUUGAAAUAAUUCAAUGCUUGACUGGUGAAUCCCCACUUCCCAGAUGGUGAGGAGCUUUCCUUUCCUCAAGCCUUGGAAGACAAUGGAUAGCAAAACUUGGCCCUUUAGACGAAACUCACUCUCCUCGCCCUGCAGAAUGUGUUGCUUCAUAACCCCUGAUUGUAGUUGUAACUUUUGUAUACAUACCUCAGAUUAUAGAUUUACAGUAAUUUUGAUCAAGAAGAUGCAGAGAUUACUAGUUUGAAUAACAUCAUAUUGAAAUUUAGCUGAAACGUUGAUGCAGGGUACAUAGUUAUCAACUCAUUUGUAUUUUUUUUCUUUGCAAACAAUAAUAAUUUUUCAUCUCUAUUCGAAUGGCAUGUACUACUUUAGACAA